CCUGCCAACAAUGUGAUAUACCACUUGCCAUUUUGAAUUUUUGUUCGUCUAAAAUGAGCAGACGACUGAGGAUUCAGACAUGGAGGGUUUGAUACACGCACAAGACGUCAGGAUACCCCCAGAGAUGGUCCUACAUCUCGCCAUAACGGAGAACCAGGCGGCCAGGUUCCCGUCCAUAGACAGGCUGCUCCAGGGCACAGGACUGACUCUGGACAUCAUACAGAAAAGGCUGAUGAUCGCGUGUUUGGAAGGGACUCGUCCUGAGAGGGUGGUAUCAGCCGCACAGAUCAUCCACCUGUACAGUUACUUCACCGCCGAGGUGCUGCUGUUCAUGAGCGGGAUGCUGUGCUCCAUCCCCCUGAGGAACUUCGGGCGGGCUUACCACGAGCUGCAGCGGGCUUCCGUGGAGGCCAUGGAGCUGGUGGACUUCCUCAACGCGUCCGGGGACUCUAACGCCAGGAUGGAGACACUGAUGGAGGAGGCGGAGGAGGAGGAGGAACAGGAGGAGGACGGCAAUGGUGAUCAGGAACACGAAGAGCAGGAAGAUGAGGAGCAAGAUGAGGAGGAGGAAUAUGAGGAGGCAGAUGAGGAGGAAUAUGAGGAGGAAGAGGAGGAGGAGGAGGAAGAGGAGGAGGACGAAUGGGAGGAGGCGCUGCAGGAAGAGUCCUUUGACUGA